AUGUUUCGCUCAAUAAUUCGCAUUAAUUUAAAAUUUAAAAUCUUUACAAAUUCUUCUCGUCGUUGGUAUUCUUCGCCACUCUGUCAUUAUGGUUUAUGUAUUGACGUCGAUGGAGUGCUUAUAAAAGGUAAGAGUAUUAUCCCCGAAACUAAACCCGCACUUCAAUUUCUUAAUGGGGAAAAUUCUUUAAAUAAAAAGAUUCCAUUUAUAUUAUUAACUAAUGGUGGUGGUAUAACUGAAGAAAAGAAAGCACAACAAUUGAGUAAAAUGCUUGAUUUUCCGAUAAAAUCUUGUCAAAUUGUGUUAGCACAUUCUCCAAUGAAAGAAUUAGUUCCCAUAUAUUAUGAUGCUGAAAUAUUAAUUGUUGGAGGUAAAAAUGAUAAUUGUAGAAUAGUUGCAGAGAAUUACGGAUUCAAAAAAGUAGUAUUACCAAGCGAUAUUCUUGCAUGGAAUCCAAGAAUUUGGCCUUUUUCUGAAGUACGCGAAGAAGAUUUAAAAUGGAUUAGGAAAAGAGAUUUUUCAAAUGUAAAAAUUGAAGCGGUUAUGGUAUUUCAUGAUAGUCGCGAUUGGGGUCGUGAUUUACAAAUAACGUUAGAUGUUUUACGUAGUAAAGAAGGAUAUGUUGAUACAUUGGCAAGUCAAUCUGACUUAAUUACGCGAAGAAUACCAUUAUUCGCACAAGGAUCGUUUAGAUUAGCAUUAGAAAGUUUAUUUGAGAAAAUGACAGGAUUAAAAUUGAAAUAUGAAUUAUUUGGAAAACCUGAAUUAGUAACAUACAAUUAUGCACAAAAGAUAUUAGUAGAUUAUGCAGUUGAGUUGACAGGAAAUCAUUUACCUAAUAGAAAAAUUUAUGCUGUUGGAGAUAACCCUAGAUCAGACAUUGUUGGAGCAAAUAGAUAUGGGUGGAAUUCUAUCUUGGUUAAAACUGGGGUAUUCCAAGGUGAAGAAAUUGAAUCACAAUAUUCUGCAAAUCAUGUGGCUGAUAAUAUUUUGCAUGCAGUGAAAUGGAGGUCAUUUAGUCAAUUAUUAGAACAUCUUAUUAGAAUUGAAUAUCUUAUUGGAGUUGAACAUUUUAUUAAGACAUUCUAA